GUCAAACUAUCGAUUUGGCAAAUCGAAUCGAAUCGAGUGUUAUGUAUGUUAUAUAGGUUAUAUUUUCUAAGUAACAUUCCAUGACAGCUUUGUUCUCAUUUGACAUUAAUAAGAAUUUAUUUUUUUAAACUCCUUUGCUACUUAUCUUUCAUAGUCUAAAUGGAAACUAAACCAAAAAGUGAACAUCCGUUAGAAUUAAAAGUGAUGAGAUUAACGAGGCCUAUGCUUGCAAGUCCAAUAGUUGUUACUUGUGAUUCAACAGAUCUUCCUGGUAAUACUUUAAAUAAUGAGCUUAAAAAUGAUUGUACUGCUUUGCAAGGAAUGGAAACUCUUGCAGUAGGACAGUUUAUGGUAUUACCACAAAGUUUUGGGAAUAUUUAUUUGGGAGAAAUAUUUUCAAGUUAUCUUUGUGUACAUAAUGGUAGUAAUCAGUUAGUAAAGAAUGUUACUGUUAAAGCAGACUUACAAACAAGUACUCAGAUGCUAUCACUUUGUGGUAGUAAUAGAGAAAUGAAAGAUUUAGCACCAGAUAAUACAGUUGAUGAUGUCAUACAUCAUGAAGUGAAAGAAAUAGGCACCCAUAUAUUAGUGUGUGAAGUAACUUAUACUCUGGUGAAUUUAGGUAGUACUCCACAAUCAUUUAGAAAAUAUUUUAAAUUUCAAGUAAUAAAACCAUUAGAUGUUAAAACAAAAUUUUACAAUGCAGAGUCAGAUGAAGUUUAUCUGGAAGCACAAAUACAGAAUCUUACAGCUGGACCAAUUUGUUUAGAAAAAGUUUCACUUGAAUCAUCUCAUUUAUUUAGUGUAUCAACAUUAAAUACAAAUGAAAAAGGUGAAUCUAUUUAUGGAUCAGUUAAUAUAUUAGACACUGAUUGCAGUAGACAAUAUUUAUAUUGUUUAAAACCACAGUUAAGUUUAUUGAAAGAUCCAAAAAUGAUGCAUAAUGCAACAAACAUUGGAAAGUUAGAUAUUGUUUGGAGAAGUAAUUUGGGAGAAAGGGGAAGAUUACAAACAAGUCAAUUACAAAGAAUGGCACCGGAAUAUGGCGAUAUACGAGUUACUAUGAAAAAUAUUCCUCUUACAGUUUAUCUUGAACAAUCGAUGAAUUUUAAUUGUCAUAUAAUAAAUACGUCAGAAAGGAGCAUGGAUUUAAUGUUAAGUCUGGAAUCAAGUAAUUCUAUAGCAUGGUGUGGAAUAUCUAAUACAAUGAUAGGAACAUUAAAACCUGGUGUUUCGAAAGAUAUUCCUUUAUGUUUAAUUGCGUUACGUAGUGGUAUUGUGACAAUUUCGGGAUUAAAAUUAACAGAUACAUUUUUGAAAAGAGUAUAUGAUUAUGAUGACUUAGCACAAAUAUUUGUUAGCCAAAUGGACUAGUCAAAAUGAUAAUAAAUUAGUGAAACUAU